CCAUGGGUGUGAAUAAUAUAAGACUCUUGGCUAUAACAACCUUUGUUUCCGUCAAAUUUUUAAUUCCUGUUACCCUCAUAAUCUCGACUUUUUUUAUGCCGUAUAGCGGAUUGAUAUUAUAGUGUACACUCCUGCUCAUUUCUGCUGUUUCUGUGGAUGAUUCGUUGUUGUUGUGGGGGGAUUUCGAAGCAUGUUAAGGCUCACAUUGUGUGUUGCACUGGCAGCAUCAUUGUCGUCGAGUUUUGCUGCGAAUAGCAAACGAGGACGUUUAUCUGAGUUUAUAAAAGAGUAUGAUACCCUUAGCUACAAUUCGCAGUCUGUGGAGAAACAACAUGGACGCCAUCGACGAUCGGUUGACCCGAACUCGAAUCCAAUAAUUCUAAACUUUUUAGCACAUGAAAGAAAAUUCAAGCUCAGACUAAGAAGAGAUACUUCAAUCUUUGCUGAUGACUUAGUUGUAGAAAACUACAAUGACUUUGACCCAUCAAAGGUUGUAGCAGGAGAAGUUUUAGGUCACAAGAAAUCCCUUGUCCAUGGAUUCAUUUUAGACGGAGUGUUUGAAGGCAAGAUUCACAUAGGGGAUGAUGAAUACCAUGUCGAGCAUUCUAGCAAGUAUUUCAAGGAGAAACAGCCCUUUCACUCUGUCAUCUACCACACCCAGGCUGUUGAGUACCCCUAUCCCUAUGGUAGGGGGUGUGGCUUGAGCGAUAAGAUACAGGAGUGGAUGCAAAAGGUUCAGAGAUCUGCAAUGCCAGAUGCUGACUUAGAGGGCGAUCACAGUAAAUUUGAGCCUGUUUUGCAUCGAUACAGAAGAGCUGCCAGUGGUAUUGAUCAAACCAAAAAAACUUGCAGACUUUACAUGCAGGCUGACCACUUGUACACAGAGCAUGUUGCACAGAAUAGCAAGGAGAGAGCCAUCCUUCAAAUGACAGAUCAUGUUCGCGCUAUCAAGGCCAUCUACCAAGGGACAGACUUCGAUGGAGAUGGCAAUGCUGAUUUGAUCACGUUUGUGAUCCAACGCUUUCUUGUGAAUGGUUCGAGUGAAGCAUCAAAUCAAGAUAAUCCAUUUAGAAAUGCCAACAUUGGUGUAGCAAAGCUUCUUGAGCUCAACUCCCAACAGAAAAAGAACGAAGGAUACUGCUUGUCAUACAUCUUCACAUACAGAGAUUUUGACGAUGGCGUACUCGGCCUGGCUUGGGUUGGAGAUACUACAACUGGGUCAUCAGGUGGUAUUUGUGAAAACUGGAAAUCAUUCACAGAUGGCCACAAAAUUCUGAACACUGGGGUUGUGACAUUCAUCAAUUAUGGCAAAGAUGUACCCCAGAAAGUGUCAGAAAUCACCUUUGCCCAUGAAGCUGGACAUAACUUUGGUUCCCCUCAUGACCCUGAAAUAACUUCAGCUUGCAGUCCAGGUGACUCAGAUGGAAACUACAUCAUGUUUCCACGUGCCACUUCAGGAGAAAAAUCAAACAACAGGAAGUUCUCGACAUGCAGCAGAGACAAGAUGUACCUAGUCCUCCAAGCUAAAGGCAUUUGUGACCAGGAAAAAUGCUGCUUCAAAGAUUCACAGGAAGCCAUUUGCGGUAACCGUGUGGUGGAGGAAGGAGAAUCUUGUGACUGUGGUUAUCAGGAUGACGCUUCAUGUACCGCUGACAAGUGCUGUUUAGGGAGUAAUGUGCAAGCAAAGACUGGCUGCACCUACAAAAAUGGCGCCACGUGCAGUCCCAGUCAGGGGUUGUGCUGUAAUGGGGAUACGUGUAGCCCCUAUCCUGGAAACUCCACCUUCUUAUGUCAGAAUGAGACUGAGUGCAGAAACCAGUCAUUUUGCAAUGGUAUUAAUGCAACCUGCCCUCUUGGAGAACCAAAGCCACAUCAUACAAUUUGUGAGGAUGGACGCAAGCUGUGCAUAAAUGGGACUUGUCAGGGCUCCAUAUGCAUGAAGUAUGGUUACAAGGAGUGUCAGUGCACCGCCGAGCCCAAGCAGUGUGACCUUUGCUGUGAUGUCGGCGAUGGGGAGUGCAAGUCUACUUCUGAUAUUGCAGAGAUGACAACAAUGACACUACAUGCUGGCUCCCCGUGUGACAACUUCAACGGCUACUGUGAUGUAUUCCUCAAGUGCCGCAAGGUGGACGCGGAUGGACCACUGAACCGACUGCGCAAGAUCUUCUUCAGCAAGGAAGCUAUCAUGAGUUAUAUCGAGUGGAUCAAGGUUUACUGGUGGGCUGUGGUUCUCAUCGGAGUCGGCCUUAUUAUAUUCAUGGCUGUUUUCAUCAAGCUAUGUAGCGUGCACACACCUAGCAGUAACCCCAACCUCAAGCCGGCCCGUCAGCUGACCCUACGCCGCUCCCAGCAGCAGCAUGGUCAAGGGAACCCGUCCCGUGCACGCCAGCAGGCACGCCUCCAACCUGACGAGGGGUACCCUGGCCCCUCCUACCGGGAACCGCCCCCACCCUACCCCGGACAGGGCAUGGAGAUGAGGCAAGGAGGCAGGGUCGGCCGAUAGAGCCUCCAACUCCUCAGUACUUUUAUAUCGUAGAUUAGGCGUGCACAGCUUGUGAACCCCGUGAUCAUCAUAUUGAGGGUUAAAGUAGGUAGCAUAGUGUAGUGUCCCAGCCAUUCGUAUAGGUAAGGGUUAAAGGCCUUUAGUUUUCAAAUUAUAUUAUUUUUUUAGGAAUUUGCGUUACUGUUUUAGAUCCGCAAUUAAGCCCUCUGUAUUCACUUUAUGAUUCAUCAUAUUUCGUUACCAUACGCGCUAUUGUUUUCCCGUUAAUCUGUGGAAUGGCUGGGGUAAUCUAAAACAAGUUCAUUUCUAUCUAAAGAUUAGAGCACAAGGGUCGGGGUUUUGAAUGGUUCGUACCAUUUUACGCAUACGCUUUUGAUGGUAAUAGACUACCAUCCAUGUAUAUAAACUAAUGUAAGAUGAUCACAUAGCGAGGCCUUGUGCGUCAACCAUCAAUGGUAUACCCUCGGCAGUAGUACACGCCUAAACGCCGUGUCACGCCAGUGGUGUCACGCAUAGCAAGGCGUUAUGCUCGACCAUCAAUGUGAUACCCACGGCAGUAGCGCACGCUUGGAUCCGCUGUCACGCCAGUGGUGUCACGCAUAGCAAGGCGUUAUGCUCGACCAUCAAUGUGAUACCCAUGGCAUUGGAAACGCCUAAACGCGGUGUCACGCCAGUGGUGUCACGCAUUGUCACGCACAGCAAGGCGUUAUGCGCAACCACCAAUGGGAUAUCCAAGGCAGAAGCACACGCCAGAACGCGUUGUCAGGCUAGUGGUAUCACGCGGUCUAUUAAGCAUCUGCUGUAAACGUCUCGCAAAUGGUAAUUAGGUGGUUGGGCCUGGGGCAAGCAACGCUAAAGCGAGGAUAACAGUCACGUGUGCAACGCAGUCUUUACUAGCCUCGCUUAAACGUAUUUGUAGCCCCAGGCUCGUCCGGGUUACGGAUUGUCUCGGACAUGGAGUGGCCCUAACAUGCCGAUGGAGAUAUGCGACGGUUGGCGCAUGAAGGCUUCACCACAAUAAUUAACCUAAUUUAUUUUUUGAUUGAAAAUAUAUUUGAAGAUUUGUUGAUUCUGACAUUGCAAUUUUGAUUAUUUUCGCUUAGGACUAAAUAAAACAGUCCUGUAGCCAGAAUCAAAAUUUUACCGAGACAAACCUAGCCACUGAAUAAUUAAUCCAACAAAGGCAGUUUUUUUAUCUCAUCCUUUUCAAUUGUGAAACACAACACCAAAUUUUUUUACCGAGGCGAGUCCCUCACUUGCCUCAUGCUGGCUACGGCGCUGACUGAUUCUCGCAUUUUAUAAGUAACUGAGACAUUCCGAAUUUGGUAUGUUGGUAGAAGGGGGAGGGGGAGGAAAGGGGGUGAGGGCUUUUUAUCAAACAGACCUGUACCAAGUCUCACACAUUAGCCGUAUAGUUUGUGUCGAGGACGGCAUAAUAGUUAUGGUGUAUAGAACAAGUUCAAUUACUUGAUGCUGCACUUUUUGUCAAAUACACAGUGUAGUCGCAAGUAAAACUGAUUUUGGGUGGAUGUUCUCCAAAGUACGAAGCUUAUUUUUUACGAUUGACUUCAGACUAUCCAUGAAAACUGCUAAGAAAGGGUACGGGGGGGGGGGGGGGGGGGGUAGCGAGGUUACCUAUGCUACCAGGCCUUUCGCACUUCUCUCUUUCCAUUUCUACCCCGGUAUUUUCGGAAUUAUUUUUAACGUGUAAGGAUUCAUAAUACUCCAAAUAAGAGAAUGUAAAAAGAUGAGCGAAUAACGUCUCAUUUACGGUUGUGAAUUUUGUAUAAAACUGCUGAAAAUAAAAUGCACUUUCUUAA